ACCAAUAAUAUCCUGGCGCGCCUUUAGUGCAGCGCAGCACAGGCGCAUACGACAUCCCUUUUGGCUUGCAGCACCACCACUUGUGAGAUGCAGCAGCAGGGCCGGGAAGGGCAUCACUGUCCUGCAUCCAUCCAUCCAUCCCCUACCAGUAAUUUACCAAACCUCUGCUGCUUUCCAUAAUCAAACACCACAAUGGGGGUGCCACUUUAACUGAAACACCACCCCACACCACUUCACCCUCUCCUCCUUCCUCCUCACUUGGGCCCUCUCUAGUCUCUCUCUCACCCUCCCCCCUUCGGUGAGGACAAAGGGCAAUUGCUCAGGAGGAGCCAUGGCCUGAGCUUGCUGGUUCCUUCCUUGGCAGCAUCGUCUUCAGGCUUUCGGCGUCCGCUGGAGCGAAGCGGUGUGUGGAAUUCUGCUCCUGGGUGGUUGAGGUAGUUCUGCUUCCGUUGAUGUGAGACAAGAAACCAAGUGACGAGUGAAAAGAUUGUUGCGAUCAGCCAAAGAUGAACAGCAAGGAGAUGUGCCAAGAACCGUGCGACGAGCUGUCUGAGAUCAGCAGCCAGGCGGCGUCCAACACCGAGGCGUCCAACUCCUCCGGCCGGGUGAGCCUCGACCUCUCGCUCACCGUCGCCGCCGCCGCAGCAGCCGAGUCGAGCACCACCGACAACAGCAAUGGCAACAGCGGCGGCGGAGGCGCCCAGGUGGACGCUGCUGCGACGGUGGCUGCCCGCGAGCCGUCGCGCGUGUUCACGUGCAACUACUGCCAGCGCAAGUUCUUCAGCUCGCAGGCGCUGGGCGGGCACCAGAACGCGCACCGGCGGGAGCGCACGCUGGCCCGGCGCGCGCUGCGGCUCGACGCGGCCGCCCCCUACGGCUACUACGCCGACGUGGCGUCCCUGCCGCUGUACGGCUCCGGCCUGUACCCCAUCGGCAUCCAGGCGCACGCGUCGCCGGCGGCGAGGCCGGAGCAGCAGCAGCAGCGGCACGACGCCGCCGCCGCCGCGCGCGCCGACGAGCUGAAGCCGGCGCGGGGGCUGCUCGGCCCGAUGCCGUUCUUCGUGGGCGACGACGAGGUCAGCUUCGGCUGGCCCGGCAGUUUCAGGCCGACCGCGGCCGGCGCGCCGGCGGGGGGCGCUGCUCUCAACUCGGCCGGCGGCAGCGCCAUGUUUGCCGGCGAGGAGCCCGACCUCACGCUCAGGCUCUGAACUGAUCCGUCGACUAGACCCAGUGUAAUUCGUCAGGCUGUUUCUUCUUCUUUCGGGAUUGAUCAGUUCCUAUUUGAUGUUGAUCAGAUCGUCACGGUCUCUCUUGCUUGACCAGAUCCCUCCUAUUGUUUCAUGCGUGCAAGAAUUUUUUGUACAGCAAUUGGAUAUGCAAGGGGGAUAUGUGCAGUGAUCUUUGCUA